AUGGUCCAAGUGGCCGAAUCAGACGUACUCGUCGCCCAACCAGGCACCUUCCACAGCUUCCAAUCCGAAUUGGUCGAUGAACAUUUAUCGACCGCUUCACCAUCUUCAGCAUCUCCAAGUAUCCUAAUCCAUGAAACAUCAUCCACAAGAUCCUCCAGCUCACGUGAACUACCCGUUCUCUCUCCAGGCUCACCAUGCACGUCUUCAGCGUGCUCCACCACUUCCAACGUGCUGAUCCCCAGUUCUCCAGAAUCCCAUCAGAUGGACAGUCUCAAGCUGCCAACCACAAACUCAUCUGGAAUGUCACCGACUUCAUCUUCUUCUGAAUCCAUGAUGGACGAAUCUGGAUCCAUCAUGAUGCCACGUAAAGCUUCAGUCAUCGAGAAACGUCAUAUUUGUGAGAUCUGUGGCAAAGGCUUCCCUUACCUGUCGAUUCUGGAGUCCCACAAACGAUGUCAUACUGGAGAGAAGCCGUUCAAAUGCCAUUUCUGCGACAAACGCUUCGCCCAGAAGGCUACACUCCAAGUGCACGAACGUACCCACACUGGAGAGCGACCAUACAAGUGCAAGUACUGUGAGAAGACGUUCGCUCAGUACGGUACAAAGACAGUGCACGAAAAGAGCGCCCACCUGGGUAUCCGCAACUACAAAUGUCCCAAAUGUGACAAGUGUUUGAGUUCUCCCUCAGCUUUGUAUACCCACAAGAAGACGCACGGCGACAAAGUGUUCCAAUGCCCGUGCUGUCCCAAGACUUUUACCUUGAAGAACUACUUGAAGCUUCACGUAAAGCAAGUUCACGAGCAAACUGAGAGAAAACACGUGUGCAAGUUCUGCCAAAAGAGCUUUGCUUAUGCUGGAAGUCUUCAAGUUCACAUCAGAACUCACACUGGAGAACGGCCGUACUGUUGCAAGUACUGUCCCAAAGCAUUCGCUUCCCAAGGCAAUCUACAAUCUCACGAGAGAACACACACUGGAGAGCGACCUUACUCAUGUGCUCAAUGCAACCGCACGUUUAUUCAGGUAAGGCAGUGUUAAAAAGUUUUUUUCAAAUAAAACAAUAGUCAAUAACUUAGAACAUGUUUUUUAAAGUCCAAAAUUAAACAAUGCAUUUUCAGAAAUCUCAACUCACUGCUCACGAAGCCACCCACUCGAUGUCCUCAUCGUCGCGCAAAGAAUCCACCGACUCUAUGGACGGAAUGUGCAAACUUUGUGGCAAGAACUACUCCUUCCCUUCGGUUUUAUGCAAAUUAUGCGAGAAAACCUUCAACAUUGUUCAACCCCAACCCGGAAGCUUCCAUUGUGAAGCUUGUGGUCUCAGUUUCAUCCAGAAGAUCAGCCUGAAAGUUCAUCAAGAAAAGUGUCAGCAUCUCCUGAACCGACGAGGAUCAGUCGUCACUAACGAUUCUGAAUGCUCACCUAGCCGCACCGAAGACUCCCAAGACAUGGCUGAUUUUGAAGAUGAACGAAAGAGGAGUGUCGACAUUCAGAAUGCGCUACUGAGUAAGUAUCUAAAACUAAACUACUUCGAAAACGGUCUAUUAUACUACUUCUGACUCACAGUUAUGUUAACUAAUUUUCUUAUUUUAGCCGGUCCAAUCCGCCCAGAACCCCUUAACCUUCACAAAGCCGACCAGUCCCUCAUCGACCCGUUAAUGAACGCAGGUUUGUUGAAUCAGCUGACCUCCAACAACCUGACGAACCCUGCCUUCGGGCUCCAGUCCAACUACUUACUGAACCAGCCCGUGUACGAAGCUCCUUCUACACUUCAAUUGCUCCAGAACCUCAAAUCUGCCGAGCUUCUGAAUCUGUUCCAACAGCAACAACAACAGCCCCUCCUUCCCCCAACCACGUCGGCCUUCAUGCCCGACCAAAACCUUCAUUCUGGUCAAGAGUUGUUGAACAACAACUAUAAGAACACUCUGGACAAUCUUUUGGCCGAACAACAGUUGUUGCGCCUCCUGAUGGACGUGCAACAACAGAACCAGCAACAAGUUGUCGCUCAGAACCUGUUUUCGCCUCCGGCAGUUCAAUAUCCACAACAACCUGACCUUAAUGGACAGUUAUUGUUGAAGGUGCUAGAACAACAACGAGCUCAAGAACAACCAGAGCAACCCGCGCAACAACUCUUGUUGCCAAGUUCGCAAGCUGACACAAACAAUCUCUUGAAUGCACUGAACGAUUUGGCCAGACAAAACCAACCGGUUGGUCACCAAUUGAGCAUCUAA